GCCGCUGCUCACACACUGUCCAGCCACUUGGAAAAUUCCCUCAACGCGGAGGAUAUUUUACUGCUGAGCAGCGGGACUGUCUGCUAAUGUGCAUCUUCUCAGGGCUGACUUGCUUGAAAUGCCCCAGUAGAGGAUCUGAAGCUGUGAAGAUCAGCAGACAUCCAAGGCUGCAUUUUCCUCAGCAAUAAGGUGUAGCUGCAGCCCCCGCCCACACCGCCUGCCAAGAUGGUGGUGCUGUCGCUGAAAAUCUGCGUUCGCCAGUGCAAUGUUGUGAAGACAAUGCAGUUUGAGCCCUCCACAGCCGUCUAUGACGCCUGUAGGAUAAUCAGAGAGAGGGUCCCUGAGGCUCAAACUGGACAGGCUUCAGACUAUGGUCUGUUUCUGUCUGAUGAAGACCCCAGGAAAGGCAUCUGGCUGGAGUCUGGAAGGACACUGGACUACUACAUGCUUCGCAAUGGGGACAUCCUUGAAUACAAGAAGAAGCAGAAGCCCCAGAAAAUAAAAAUGUUGGACGGGGCCGUUAAAACCAUCAUGGUCGACGACUCCAAAACAGUGGGAGAGCUGCUUGUGACUAUAUGCAGUAGAAUAGGCAUCACAAACUAUGAGGAAUACUCUCUGAUCCAGGAGACGGUGGAGGAGAAGAAGGAGGAUGGGAUGGGCACGCUGAAGAAAGACAGGACGCUGCUGCGAGACGAGAGAAAAAUGGAGAAGCUGAAAGCCAAACUACACACAGACGAUGACUUGAACUGGCUGGACCACAGCAGAACGUUCCGAGAGCAGGGCGUGGACGAGAACGAGACCCUUCUGCUCAGACGCAAAUUCUUCUACUCCGACCAGAACGUGGACUCCCGAGACCCUGUCCAACUCAAUCUGCUUUAUGUGCAGGCUCGAGAUGACAUCCUAAACGGCUCUCACCCCGUAUCAUUUGACAAGGCGUGCGAGUUUGGAGGCAUUCAGGCCCAGAUCCAGUUUGGACCUCACAUAGAGCACAAACACAAACCUGGAUUCUUAGACCUGAAGGAGUUUCUACCCAAAGAAUACAUCAAGCAGAGAGGAGCUGAGAAGAAGAUAUUCCAGGAACACAAAAACUGUGGAGAAAUGACAGAGAUCGAAGCAAAAGUGAAAUAUGUCAAACUGGCACGGUCUCUGCGGACAUAUGGCGUCUCCUUCUUCCUGGUCAAGGAAAAGAUGAAGAGUAAGAACAAGCUGGUGCCACGGCUCCUGGGAAUCACCAAAGAGUCUGUGAUGAGGGUGGAGGAGAAGACCAAAGAUGUGGUUCAGGAGUGGCCACUUACCACUGUGAAGAGGUGGGCAGCGUCACCCAAGAGCUUCACCCUGGACUUUGGGGAGUACCAGGAGAGCUAUUACUCAGUGCAGACCACUGAAGGGGAACAGAUCUCUCAGCUCAUUGCCGGUUACAUCGACAUCAUCCUCAAAAAGAAGCAAAGCAAGGACCGCUUUGGAUUAGAAGGUGAUGAGGAGUCAACCAUGCUUGAGGAAUCCGUUUCCCCGAAAAAGUCCACCAUCCUUCAGCAGCAGUUUAAUCGUGUGGGUCGGGUGGAGCAUGGCUCAGUGGCACUGCCAGGGGUGAUACGCUCCGGCUCCAUUGGCACAGAGUCGCUCAGCAUGGGCACCAUGCCAUCUGCUCAACAGCAGAUCACAAUGGGUCAGAUGCACCGUGGACACAUGCCACCGCUUAGUUCAGCCCAGCAGGCUCUGAUGGGAACCAUCAACACCAGUAUGCAAGCUGUGCAGAAGGCCCAGAUUGACCUAGGGGAGGUCGACAACCUGCCACCACUGGGACAGGACAUGGCAUCCAAGGUGUGGAUCCAGAACAAAAUGGAUGAGUCAAAACAUGAGAUUCACUCCCAGGUCGACGCCAUCACUGCAGGAACAGCCUCUGUUGUCAACCUCACAGCUGGCGAUCCGACUGACACAGACUACACCGCCGUGGGCUGCGCCAUCACAACCAUCUCUUCCAACCUGACAGAAAUGUCAAAGGGUGUGAAGCUGCUAGCUGCUCUGAUGGAGGACGAUGUUGGCGGAGGUAAUGACCUGAUGAGGGCCGCCAGGACACUAGCAGGGGCCGUGUCUGACCUGCUGAAGGCUGUGGAGCCAGCUUCUGGAGAGCCCAGACAGACUGUGCUGACAGCAGCAGGCAGCAUUGGCCAGGCCAGUGGAGACCUCCUGCGCCAGAUUGGAGAGAACGAGGCAGACGAAAGGUUCCAGGACAUCCUGAUGAAUCUGGCCAAAGCAGUGGCCAACGCUGCAGCCAUGUUAGUGCUGAAGGCCAAGAACGUGGCCCAGGUUGCAGAGGACACCGUGCUUCAAAACCGGGUCAUUGCUGCUGCCACCCAGUGUGCCCUGUCCACCUCCCAGCUGGUGGCAUGUGCCAAGGUGGUGAGUCCCACCAUUAGUUCACCGGUUUGCCAGGAGCAGUUAAUUGAAGCUGGAAAGCUGGUGGACCGCUCAGUGGAAAGCUGCGUCCAGGCCUGCCUCUCAGCCACAGAAGAUGGCGAGCUCCUCAAACAGGUGAGCGCAGCAGCCAGCGUGGUGAGUCAGGCUCUGGGAGAUCUCCUGCAGCAUGUUCGACAGUACACCUCAAGGGGAGAGCCUAUCGGGCGCUAUGACCAGGCCACAGACACCAUCAUGACCGUCACUGAGAAUAUCUUCAGCUCCAUGGGAGACGCAGGAGAGAUGGUUCGUCAGGCUCGGGUGCUGGCUCAGGCCACCUCCGACCUGGUGAAUGCCAUGAGGUCUGACGCUGAGGCCGAGGUGGAUGUUGACAACUCUAAGAAGUUGCUGGCAGCUGCCAAAUUGCUGGCUGAUGCUACGGCAAGGAUGGUGGAGGCAGCAAAGGGCGCGGCAGCGUACCCAGAGAACGAGGACCAGCAGCAAAGACUGAGGGAGGCUGCGGAGGGACUACGCGUGGCCACCAAUGCUGCUGCUCAGAAUGCCAUUAAGAAGAAACUGAUUAACAGACUGGAGAAUGCUGCCAAGCAAGCUGCUGCUGCGGCCACACAGACCAUCGCUGCUGCUCAAAAUGCUGCCGCCUCCAACAAGAACACUGCCGUUCACCAGCAGCUGGUGCAGAGCUGUAAGGCAGUGGCAGACCACAUCCCACAACUUGUCCAGGGGGUGCGCAGCAGUCAGGCCAAACCAGAGGACCUCAGUGCACAACUAGCACUCAUCAUUGCCAGCCAGAACUUCUUACAGCCUGGUGGUAAGAUGGUGACCUCGGCCAAGUCAUCUGUUCCCACGGUGACGGAUCAGGCUGCAGCCAUGCAACUGGGUCAGUGUGCCAAGAACCUGGCCACCUGCCUGGCUGAGCUGAGGACGUCUGCACAGAAGGCCCAUGAAGCCUGCGGCCCCAUGGAGAUCGACUCUGCGCUCACUGCCAUCCAGACCCUGAGAAGUGAGCUGCAAGAUGCUAAGCUGGCUGCUGUUAAUGACCAACUGAAACCACUACCUGGAGAAUCAUUGGAGAAGUGUGCUCAGGAUCUGGGCAGCACCUCAAAGUCAGUGGGAUCCUCCAUGGCUCAGCUGCUCACCUGUGCUGCACAAGGAAAUGAACACUACACAGGAAUAGCAGCCAGGGAGACAGCUCAGGCCCUGAGAACACUGGCCCAGGCGGCCCGCGGCGUCGCUGCCUCCACCACAGACCCCAAGGCUGCUGCGGCCAUGCUGGACUCAGCUCGUGACGUUAUGGAGGGCUCGGCGCUUCUCAUUCAUGAGGCCAAGCAGGCACUGAUUUCCCCCGGAGACGCUGAGAGUCAGCAGAGGCUGGCGCAGGUGGCCAAGGCUGUGUCUCAUUCCCUGAAUAGCUGCGUCAACUGUCUGCCUGGCCAGAAGGAUGUGGACAUGGCUCUCAAAAGCAUCGGGGAGGCCAGCAAGAAGCUGCUGAUUGAAACGAUCCCUCCAGCCUCCAAGUCCUUUCAGGAGGCCCAGAGCGAGCUGAACCAAACGGCAGCAGACCUGAACCAGUCAGCAGGCGAGGUGGUCCAUGCAUCCAGAGGCUCCAGCAGCCAGCUAGCGUUGGCCUCUGGAAAGUUCAGCGAAGACUUUGAUGAGUUCCUGGAUGCUGGUAUAGAGAUGGCCGGGCACACUCAGAAAAAGGACGACCAGGUGCAGGUGAUUGGUAACUUGAAGAACAUCUCCAUGGCUUCCAGCAAGCUGCUGCUGGCAGCUAAGAGUCUGUCUGUAGACCCUGCAGCAGCAAAUGCCAAGAACCUGCUAGCUGCUGCUGCAAGAUCAGUGACUGACAGCAUUAACCAGCUGAUCACGCUGUGUACACAGCAGGCUCCUGGCCAGAAUGAGUGUGACAAUGCCCUGAGAGAACUGGAGGCUGUCAGAGGAAUGCUGGACAAUCCCAACGAGCCGGUCAGCGACCUCUCCUACUUCGACUGCAUUGAGAGUGUGAUGGAGAACUCCAAGGUCCUGGGAGAGUCUAUGGCAGGUAUUUCUCAGAACUGCAAGACUGGAGAUGUGCCGGCAUUUGGAGACUGUGUAGGAUCAGCCUCAAAAGCCCUGUGUGGCCUCACUGAAGCUGCGGGACAGGCCUCCUUCCUGGUGGGUGUGUCUGAUCCCAACAGUCAGGCAGGGCACCAGGGGUUGGUGGAUCCCAUCCAGUUUGCCAAAGCCAACCAGGCAAUCCAGAUGGCCUGUCAGAAUCUUGUAGACCCAGACAGUAGUCCCUCCCAGGUGCUCUCUGCAGCCACCAUUGUCGCUAAGCACACCUCGGCACUGUGCAACGCCUGCCGUCUGGCUUCCUCCAAGACGAGCAACCCAGUUGCCAAGAGGCACUUUGUCCAGUCUGCCAAGGAGGUGGCCAACAGCACCGCCAACUUGGUCAAAACCAUCAAGGCUUUAGAUGGUGAUUUCUCGGAAGAAAACAGGAGCAAGUGUCGAGUCGCCACGGCUCCGCUAAUCGAAGCUGUUGAAAACCUGACAACAUUUGCUUCCAACCCAGAGUUUGCCAGCAUCCCAGCUAAAAUCAGCAAUGAGGGCUUUGCGGCACAGGAGCCCAUUCUCCAAUCAGCACGCUCCAUGCUUGACAGCUCCACCUACUUGCUCAAGACUGCACGCUCAUUGGUUAUCAAUCCCAAAGACCCGCCCACCUGGUCUGUUCUGGCUGGUCACUCUCGCACUGUGUCCGACUCCAUCAAGAGUCUCAUCACGGCCAUCCGGGACAAGGCCCCAGGCCAGCGGGAGUGCGACUCAUCAAUUGAUAACAUCAACAAAUGUAUCCGGGACCUUGAGCAGGCCUCUCUGGCAGCAGUCAGCCAGAACUUAGCCAGCAGGGACGAUAUCUCACUGGAGGCGCUACAAGAGCAGCUGACGUCCACUGUGCAGGAAAUUGGGCACUUAAUUGACCCCGUUUCCACCGCUGCCAGAGGCGAAGCUUCCCAACUAGGACAUAAGGUGACCCAGUUGGCCCGUUACUUUGAACCGCUGAUCAAGGCCUCUGUGGGUGUAACAUCCAAGUUGAGGGAUCACCAGCAACAGAUGACUUUCAUGGACCAAACUAAGACCCUGGCUGAGUCUGCCCUGCAGAUGCUCUACGCUGCCAAGGAGGGUGGAGGAAACCCAAAGGCAUCACAUACCCAUGAUGCCAUAGCAGAGGCAGCCCAGCUCAUGAAGGAAGCGGUUGAUGAUAUCAUGCUGACACUGAAUGAGGCUGCGAGUGAAGUGGGAAUGGUGGGAGGAAUGGUGGAGUCCAUCGCAGAGGCCAUGGCCAAGCUGGAUGAAGGUACACCGCCUCAACCUGAGGGCUCAUUUGUAGAUUACCAGACCAGUAUGGUGAAACACUCUAAGGCUAUUGCUGUCACUGCUCAGGAAAUGAUGACCAAAUCAGUGACCUGUCCAGACGAGCUGGGAGGCCUGGCCUCUCAGGUCACUGUGGACUACAGCCAGCUGGCCGUUCAGGGACGACUGGCUGCUUACACAGCUGAGCCAGAAGAGAUCGGUUUCCAGAUUAAGACCCGAGUGCAGGAGCUCGGACAUGGCUGUAUCUUCCUGGUCCAGAAGGCUGGAGCUCUGCAGAUCACUCCCUCUGAUGGCUUCACCAAACGAGAGCUCAUUGAAUGUGCCCGUGCAGUCACAGAGAAGGUGUCCUUGGUGCUCUCGGCCCUCCAGGCAGGCAACAAGGGCACUCAGGCCUGCAUCACAGCAGCCAGCGCAGUGUCUGGCAUCAUCGCCGAUCUGGACACCACCAUCAUGUUUGCCUCCGCCGGCACACUCAAUGCAGAGAAUGACGAGUCCUUCGCUGACCACAGGGAAAACAUUUUGAAGACGGCCAAAGCUCUGGUGGAGGACACAAAGAUGCUGGUGUCCGGUGCGGCUUCCGGUCAGGACAGGUUGGCUCAGGCCGCCCAGUCUUCUGCCAAAACCAUUACCCAGCUCACAGAUGUGGUCAAACUGGGAGCUGCCAGUAUUGGCUCUGAUGACCCUGAGACACAGGUGGUUCUGAUAAAUGCAAUCAAAGAUGUGGCCAAGGCGCUGGCUGAACUCAUUAGUGCCACCAAGUGUGCCGCUGGCAAGGCAGCAGACGAUCCGUCUAUGUACCAGCUGAAGAGCGCUGCCAAGGUGAUGGUUACCAACGUGACUUCCCUGCUGAAGACGGUCAAGGCUGUAGAGGACGAGGCCACUCGGGGCACCAGAGCACUGGAGGCCACCAUCGAGUGUAUCAAACAGGAAUUGGCGGUGUUUCAAUCCAGGGAUGCUCCCAACAAGACGACCACACCUGAGGAGUUCAUUCGCAUGACUAAGGGCAUCACCAUGGCAACUGCUAAAGCAGUGGCUGCAGGGAACUCUGCCCGGCAAGAGGACAUCAUCCAUACAGCCAACCUCAGUCGCAAGGCUAUUUCAGACAUGCUCACCACCUGCAAGCAAGCGGCCUAUCAUCCAGAAGUCAGUGAGGAGGUGAAGAACAGAGCGCUGAUGUUCGGAUCAGAGUGUACAACUGGAUACAUCGAUCUACUGGAACAAGUUCUAUUGGUCCUGCAGAAGCCCACUGCAGAUCAGAAGCAACAUCUGGCAGCUCGCUCCAAACGUGUGGCGGGAGCUGUCACAGAGCUCAUCCAGACCGCUGAGGCCAUGAAAGAUGGAGGUUCAGAGUGGGUGGACCCCGAGGAUCCAACAGUGAUUGCAGAGACGGAGCUGCUGGGAGCAGCAGCGUCCAUCGAAGCGGCAGCAAAGAAGCUGGAGCAGCUCAAACCCCGAGCCAAGCCCAAGCAAGCUGAUGAGACGCUGAACUUCGAGGAGCAGAUCCUAGAGGCAGCCAAGUCCAUUGCUGCAGCCACCAGCGCUUUGGUCAAAUCAGCCUCGGCUGCCCAGAGAGAGCUGGUGGCUCAGGGCAAAGUGGGCCUCAUCCCUGCCAACGCUGUGGACGACGGACAGUGGUCCCAGGGGCUCAUCUCAGCUGCACGUAUGGUAGCAGCAGCGACCAGCAACCUGUGUGAGGCAGCCAACGCCUCGGUGCAAGGCCAUGCGAGCGAGGAGAAGCUCAUCUCUUCAGCCAAACAGGUGGCGGCCUCCACCGCCCAGCUGCUGGUGGCCUGUAAGGUGAAGGCUGACCAGGACUCUGAGGCCAUGAGGAGACUACAGAUUGCUGGGAAUGCAGUAAAGAAGGCGUCAGACAAUUUGGUGCGGGCCGCUCAGAAGGCAGCGUUUGACAAAGCAGAUGAAGACAACGUGGUGGUCAAGACCAAGUUUGUGGGUGGAAUAGCACAGAUCAUUGCAGCCCAGGAGGAGAUGCUGAGAAAGGAGAGAGAGCUGGAAGAAGCCAGGAAGAAACUGGCUCAGAUCAGGCAGCAGCAGUACAAGUUCCUGCCCAGUGAACUACGAGAGGACAACAACUAAAUAUUUAAACUCACAUCUGCAUACGCUUGAAGCAGUGUGAAGAGCACAUCUGGGUUUGUGUCCCUUUUUUUUUUUACUGGCACACUUGAACAGAUAUGUGGCCAGCAGCGACUUCAGAUGUGUUGUGACUGAUCUAACAAACCAGAAAUGCCCAAGUCUGCAGUGAGUCCAAUUCACAUGGAAAUAUCUCAAAGUCAUCUACUUGUAAGUUUGAAAUACUACUGUAUGGAACUGACUACUUUCCCAAAAAACUAACAUAAAGAUUGUGGUGAUUCGACUGAAGAACUGCUUUUUUGUCCUCAUAUAUAGCAUAACUUCUUUGACCGAUCCAAUCUAAUCCAGAAUGUGACAUGCUCGGGACAAACCGCACAGCUAACAUGCUCUCAUGUUUGCCCAUAAGCUACAGUUUCUUUUUCUUGUCUUUUUAUUUUUUUUUUUUUACAAAUUGCAGCUCUAUUUCAUAAACUUCUAAGAUGAAGAAUUGAUUGUAUUGCCGUUCGUGUGAUAUAGCCGUUUAACUGCAGCGUCACCCGGACAGCAAAAAGAUUUCAGCUCGGUACUCUGAUAUUGUAUGAAUGUUGGCCUUCAUGCUCCAAUUUGGCACCUUAAUAUCUGUUUAAAUCAUGUGGUGUGUCUUGACUUAAAUUCAGUGGUCAUUAACCCAAAGGAAGGUAAGAUGCAUAUUGGUGUUUAUUGGACCAUACUGUAAAAUUAAAUAAUGGACCGUUGUUUUUGGGAAUCUUCUAGUGAUAUAAGCAUCUUUGCUUUCUUUCUGGUCAUUUCUUUUAUGUGGAUAUUGAUGGGCUCCACACGCAAAAUGUCUUUUUAAGAUGCAACAAAUUCUACAUGUUUGUCUAAGCAAACAAGUGCUAGUCAAGUAGAAUGUUUUACAUUACGUUACCAUGUGAAUGCUUUUCUACACAGGACAACAUAUUACCAUAGAAGGAAUAUUUAUUACUCCCGAGUAUUUUUUAGCAGAGGUCAGGUCAGGAAUGGUCUCACUUAUUUACCACUAGUAGAGCUUGUGGUCAGAUAUGUUCCCCAACCCUUUAAACGUUUUUGUAUUCCUUCUUUACACCUACAGUACAUACAGUAUAAACAGAAUUUGAUCAUGAUGCAAUAACAUGGAUGGUGCUUUAGAGGGCAGUAUUGGUUUCCCUUACACCAUGCAAACAAAGUAAUAAUAUAGGAGAUGCUAUUGUAUAACUGUGUGUGAGUGCUUAUUUUACUUUCAAGUAUAGAAUAUGUGGUUAGAGUAAACAGGCAGGUUGAUUAGAUACAACAGCAUGCACAUUUAGAAUAACUGUAAAUACCUCAGACGUCUCAAUUGAAUGCCGUGCAGUGCCGCUUCUGUGCUUUGUCUAAUGGUUACCACCCCCUGCAGAUUUACUUUGGCCUUUUCCUUGGGGAUUUUCUAUCCAGCUGUUAGUGAUUAUAAUCAUUUUUCCAGCAAUAAUCAAUCACUGCCAGUGAUUGAUGAUUUUAGUCCAUUCACCUCCAAUUCUGUAAAUUGCAGCAAAAUUCUAAAUCUGAAAAUAACUUCACAAUAAGCUAAUUGCAACAAAUGAAACUUGUAAGAAUUGAUGUGAAAGUAAGAGGAAAGUGAAGUGACUGCAACACUAAUCACUGCACUUCAUCUCUUCUUCUUUUUUGUCCAGCAGUCCCUGAGUUUAAGGGUGCUCUGUGCGACUGUACCGAAUAUACUACUUGCUGCAAUAGAAGAACCUUUUGUUUACCGAGUUUGAUUGUAGUGUGUUUGGUUCCCUUGUCUUACUUUAUGGGCUGUGUUUCAAUAUUAAACUACAGUAUAUCGUGAGAUUAGGUCCUGCUGUGAUAAUGCAUGGCUUUGUGCUUCAGAUGCAUCUUUUUGUUUGUACAGCGACAGAGUUAAACUUUUAAGGAUGCACUGACUGAUUCUGACGUCCACGUACAACACAGUAUACCAUAGCAAAUGGCUCAUGACACACGGUCACAUUUCAACAUGAUUUCUUUUUUUUUCUUUUUUAACAGUUGGAUCUGAAUUCAGAAGGUUUUUUCUGGCAUUGUAUUAUGUGGGAGUAUGGGAGGGAAGGACUCAUUAGUCAAGUCUGUAGUAUUAUUAUUAGUGCCUUAGUCCGUAGCCCAUACAGUGUCUCGUCUGCUUGAGUGACAGCUUCACCUCAUUGGUCAGUAGAAGGUACUAGACGAGCAAUUGUUUGGGAAUGUGGGUUCAUGUCCGUGGGGGUUUUCUAACAUUUGUUGUCCCACUUCUUAACGUACUGUUCCUCGAAGUGCUGAACCAACUGUAUCCCCUCUCUCUCUUUUACUCUCUCUGCCACAUGUAAGGCCUUCUGGGUAUGACAGAGGAACUGUUUGCCAGUCAGAAAAAUGUGUUGCUGUUUAAAAUGUACCAUCAACAUAUAUGAACACAUUUUUGUACUGCAUUCCAUGGGCAUGUACCACAGUGCUUCUAAACUACGACGGACUGGAGGAUUUGCUCUGCCAACUGCUUUAUUGUAUGUUAUGAAGUUACUGAAAUUUUAUGAAUUGGCUUUUUCUUGUGCUUUUAAGCCUCUAAAUGUGAUAAGAACGUUUCAAUAUAUCUGUCAGCCAUCAAGAUGUAGUUACACAUUUCAAUGAUGUGGAGUAAUUGAAGUGUUCUGUACGUUUUUUCUCCCUUAACAGACUUAAAAUGAUGAAGUUACUACAAUAAAGAUGUGAUAACAUACAAUAUAAAAGAUAUUUAUCUGGCCUCAAUAAAACUAUUUUUUUGUAUUCUCUGAAAAUAAAGCAUUUCAAUGUAACUUUGCA